GUGAUAUAUAGUGAACAGCCGGAGGAAGAGGCGGCUUAUGAUAGCUUUGCCCCGAGUUAUGAGAUAUUUGGUACUGGCGUUGAAUGUCCUGAAAAUGUGGAUCUAAUUAAAGACCAAAAAGCUAACGGAUUUUGCAAACUGUCCGAGGACAAAAUGGUGAAAUACGCGCAGCUCACCAACGCCAAGUUGAACGAGACCAAACAACUGCGCGACCGUUUCCUUGGUUACUUGAACGACGCCGCUAACCAGACCAAGAUUAACCUGCCCCAAGUUUUAUGCCGAUCAGAGUUGGCAACCCUAUUGGAAACGGCAUACGAGGCCAUUAUGGACGCAGGCAUAAAUCCAGACGAAUUGCGGAGCAGUCGACGGGUCUGUGUAUACGUCGGGACGACUGUCUACUCAAACAUUGACGACAUUAGAGAAGAGAUACAGCCGGACGUUAUGACAUCGAUAGAUGCAUUCACAAUGACCAAUACAACUAUGGUCAACACAAUGCUGGCCAACAGACUAUCCUAUGUGUUUGACUUCAAAGGCCCGUCGAUGAGCAUUGACACCGCCUGCUCGGCCUCAUUGAGUGCCCUCCACGUGGCCGUCAAUGACCUAAAAUUGGGCGACUUUUCGAUUCACAAAAACGACAACAUGUGUGCCGUCGGUACUGUCCGUCGCGGCGCCGACGAUAUGCUGACCGAACAGCACCUCAUCAGUGAUGGACAGCCAGUGGUGUCCGAGUGUGAGUACCGGUUAGACAGGGAGUCCAUUAAGAAAGAGCUGCAUAUCCGGGGCUAUGAGUACUCCAAAGGGUUUCAGUCGUUGACAAAUAUGCGGACCAAUGACUUCCGUCGGGUGUCGGCGGACAUCGAGUGGACGGGAAAUAUGGUUACAUUUUUGGACGGUUUGCUACAAAUGACCGGUUGUUUGUUUCCCUUCCGAAAACUCGUGGUCCCCGUAAUGAUUGACGCCAUACGUGUCGACCCGAACACACUUUUCUCGGCGCUGAAGAGCAAUCGAUUGACCGAUGAAAUGGUAGUUCACGGCGACUGCCAACAAGUUAGCGGCACUGAUACAGUUGGAGCCGACAGUGAUCUAAAACCUUACAAUUUGACCGAAAGGUUUGCCGUUUUUCGAUCUCAACUGCCGCUAGUGUUUGACUCGUGUGUGAAUUGUGUGCUCACAUACGGGGUUGAAGUGUAUAAUAUGGUCAGCGCUCCCAUCGCCAGGAAAACUGAUCCCAAUUUGGUUUUAGAGAGACAUAUGUUUAUCGCCAAUGACGACAAUGUGGCCAUCAAUGACAGGCAUAGGAAACUGCUUAUUGAUAAUAUUGAAGUUUACUUGAUCCAAAACUUGUCGGACGCCAUCGAAAGCAAUGGAUUUCUAUUAACAGUAUUUCGAUAUAAAGUGACGGAACCGGAGAUCGCAUUGAAUUCAUUACUACUGAUGGCCAGUGAAUUGGGUGCCGACAGUCCACGGGUUUGGCUCAUUGCCAACGACUCGUGUAUUAACGGUAUAACGGGUUUAGCGAAAAGUUUGCGUUUAGAAAGCAGUGGCGAAAACUUCAGAUAUAUUUUUAUUUACGAUAACAACACCACAAAUACAGACAUAGACUUCAAUGCGAAGCCAUUCCGCGAUAUAUUGGCCAACGAUUUGGUGUCAAAUGUAAUCAGAAAUGGAAGACUCGGUUCCUAUCGAUACCAGAGUUUUGGCAAAGAUUUUGAUAAAAUCCAAUCAAAUGAGUAUUACUUGGGUUUAGGAAAGGGUCGGGACUUGUCGUCACUCGAGUGGACGGACAUAACAACCUUUCCCACGACUGAUCACUACUACGACGUAACCAAUAAGAAGAGACAAAUGAUUAAAAUACAGAUCUAUUGCUCGGCAUUAAUCUUUCGGGACGUAUUCAUAGCCACCGGCAAAAUAGCGGCGAUUUCAGACAUAUUUGAGCAACAAAUUGGACACGAGUUUGCCGGCCGUCGGGCCGAUACCGGGGAACGCGUUAUGGGUAUAAAUAAAGGAAAAAGUGUUGCCACCAGUACUCGUGUGGACCCGUUUUUGUUUACAACAAUACCCGACAACUGGUCUAUGGAAGAGGCGGUUACUAUAUUGAGCCCGUAUUUUACGGUAUGGUAUGGACUGAUAGAAAGGGGACAUAUUAGACAAGGCGAGAGUAUAUUAAUCCAUUCGGCGGCGGGAGGUGUGGGUCAGGCGGCCAUCAAUGUGUGCCAACACUACGGCUGCGAUAUAUACGCGACGGUCGGCACCGAAGAGAAAAAACAGUUUCUCAUAAAUACAUACAAAAUACCGGCGAAAAAGAUAUUCUCGUCGAGAAGUACUCAAUUCAAGAGUCAAGUGAUGCGAUCGACUGCCGGACGGGGAGUGGAUUUGGUGCUCAACUCUUUGGCCGGCGAUAAGUUGGACGCCAGCUAUGAGUGUGUGGGCACAGGCGGACGGUUUGUGGAGUUGGGAAAAGUGGAUUUCUUACAGAACCGAAAGCUCCCGAUGUAUAACCUAUUGAGGGAUUUGUGUAUUAUUGCUGUCAAUUUAAAUGGAGGUGUCUUAAAUCGGGAGUAUAUUUGGGACGCAUUUUAUACAUGGGUUCACCAGAACUGCAUCAAUGGUUGCGUAAAACCAUUAAAUCGGACGGUAUUUCCGGCCGAUGACGUAGAGAAGGCCUUUCGAUACAUGACUACCGGUAAACAUAUCGGGAAAAUAGUUAUCCGUAUUCGUGAAGAGGAGCCAAACCGAAAGCCGUCAACUCAUAUAAAUCCAGCGAAUAGUAUGAAAGUGCAGACAAAAACAUACUUCAAUCCAAAUAAGAUUUAUAUAAUAACCGGAGGUUUGGGUGGAUUUGGGUUAGAGUUGUGUCAAUGGAUGGUAUAUAACGGGGCGAAGAGAUUGGUGUUGACCUCUCGUUCGGGUAUUAAAAAUGAUUACCAAAAAUAUAUUAUCAAUCGUUUGAUUGCCUUUGGAAAAAGACACAACUAUUUUGAGAAUCAAGUGAUAAUCUCUUCGGCCGACUGUUUAACUAUUGAGAACACAAAACAAUUGCUAAAUGAGUGCAAAGGGUUGGGCGCACCCAUCGGUGGUGUUUUUCAUUUGGCUCUCGAGUUAAACAAAUGUCUCUUCAGUGAAGUAUCUUUCGAUACAUUCAUAAAAACCGUUGACAUAAAGGAGAAGAUAUGCAAGAAUUUGGAUCAAUUGAGCCGAGAAUUGGACUAUAAUUUAGACCAUUUUGUGGUGUUUUCUUCCAUUGCGUCAGGAAUUGGAAAUGAGGGCCAAAUGAACUAUACUUACGGUAACUCUAUUUGCGAGCGAAUAUGCGAACAGAGACAGAGAGACUGCCUGUCGGGUCUGGCCAUACAGUUUGGUCCCAUCGGUGACGUAGGAGUGAUGUCUGAUAUGACACAAACGUUUGGGUUCACCACAACUCAGAAACAACGGAUACAUUCGUGUUGUGAAGUAUUGGACAAACUAUUGGCCGUACAAUACCCGGUCGUAUCUGUAAACGUUAAAACAAUGGAGAACUCAUUGUUGAAACUGGACACUGAGACCAAAGAAGGCUCGAAAUCAUUCAUUAAUAAGUUGUGGGGAUCUCUUGGUAUCGACCCGUCGACCACUCCGGCGGACAUCACUUUAGGAGAGAUCGGAAUUGAGUCCAUAUUUGCCUCAGAAUUACAGCAAGAAAUGGGAAAACUCUGUGAACAAACAAUUCAUUUGAAAAUAAUUAAACACAUGUCUGUCGGACUCCUUCGGGAGUUUGAGUCCGGCGGCGAUCACACCAUUAAAGCCUACUUUAAUGGCAUAAAAAGGGCUCAAAUAUCGCUCUCAAAGUAUAAGUUUGUGAUUCCUGUGGAAACACACGUCAGACUCAAUGGUGUCUCAAACGGAAAGCCAUUGUAUUUAAUGCCGACUCUGGAGAUGGGGUUUGCAUUGUAUGACCAUUUGGUCCAAUAUAUUAACCGACCGGUCGUUGGACUCAAUUGGACUACAGAUGUGAACCAAUUGUCGACUUUGAAGGAAGUGAUUAAAUAUUUCACUGAUUUGAUGGCAAGACUCGAACCAAAUGGUGGUUACGAUGUGUUGGGAUCGACGGACGGAGCGAUCAUUUGUGGCCAACUCUUACGGAAAGGUUUGGCAGAGAAGGCGGUUAUGAUUGAUGAACACAAAAAAUCGUUAAAAUCUUCAGAAGACAGACAACGAGUUGUAAUUAAAACCGAAGACAUUAUUACCGAAAAGACUGAAAAUACAAGUGUUGGACACAAAACGAGGAACAGAUGUGUUAAACGAAUGAAGAAAUUACCACAAAAUACGAGACAUAAGAAGCGGAAGAAGGCUUCAGAAGACACACAUGUAUUGAAUGACACGGAGAGUGACAGCACUGGCGAUGCUUAUGAAGACAACAAUAGGGAAUCGAUCGAUAGGGACGGAUUCAAUGUGUCCACGUCUACGUUCGUGGAUCCGACUCCAGAGAAGAUCACUCAACUCUGGAACCAAAUGGACACACAAACCUCCGGCCGACAGGUAUGUCGGUCCGCGCAAAGGAGCGGGUCGGCCGAACCGGAUCGGUUGUCCCGCGCUCUAACAAUCCGGCUGAAUCUCUCCGGUGAUGUUCACCCGAACCCCGGCCCCAACCCUACCUCCCAGUGCAAUAUACUACAGCUAAAUAUAAAUGGCAUUCGCAAUAAACUCUCAGAACUAAUUGAUUUUAUCUCUAGUCAUAACAUCCAUAUUAUAGCCCUACAAGAAUCUAAGCUAACCGCCCGCAUAACUACCCCUAAAAUCCCUAACUAUUCCCCAAUAAGACAGGACAGACCUAAUAGUCGUGGUGGCGGUGGUCUCCUAGUCUAUGUCCACAACUCUAUACCCUAUUCUACCCAAACCUCUAUACCCAACCUAUCUAUACCCCUCCCCGCCCAACAACAAACUAUUCAUUUCUAUAUAAAUAAUAAACAGUACACCCUUAUUAACCUUUAUGUCCCGCCCCCUCCCCAACCCCCAUAUACUUACUGCCCUGACUUCUCUUCCCUUUCCACUACAAAUAACCUUAUAAUUGUUGGCGAUUUAAACGCCCACAACCCUUUCUGGCUGUCAUCUCAAUCCUCCGACACCAGAGGUUCCCUACUCGACGACCAUCUCUCACAACUACCCCUUAUUAUACUCAACCAAAACUGCCCGACCCGUGUAGCCCCUAAUUCUAACCCCACCUCCCCUGACCUAACCAUCAGCUCUGCAAACAUAGCUACCAGACUUAACUGGCAAACCCUCCCCAAGCUAUCAUCUGACCACUUACCUAUCAUUAUCUCUCUAACCCUAGCUAGUCCUAUCUCCAUAAACCCACCCCGAUAUUAUAUUAAUUUUAAAAAAGCUAACUGGAUUCAUUUCUCUAAAUUAGCUGAUGAAUAUCUAGCUAACUACUCAGCCCUCGACUACCCCUCUAUAGACGUCGCCGAAAAAACCCUUCGCUCCCACAUUCUCGCCGCCGCUAAGCUUACCAUUCCCGCCGGUAGACGUACCACUCAUAUCCCUUCCUUUACCCCACAAAUAAAACAACUAAUUAGCCAGAGAGACAGUCUUCGCCGUUCCCUCGCCUCCUCACCCCUCCCCCCAUCCCCUGAAGACUCUACCAAACUCUCUGACCUAAACUCCCAAAUAAACUCCGAAAUCGCUUCUCUAAAGAGGAAGCGAUGGCAGGAGUUUACCGAAACCCUAUCCCACACUACCUCUCCCCGCCUCCUCUGGAACACUAUAAAAGCUAUAAAUAAUAACACCCCUCCUUCCCAUGAAUCCCUACCCUCUAUUCUUGGUCAACAAUUUGACCCAAAACUCACCUCUUCUAAUAAUACUCGCCGCAAACUUACCAAAACCUCUCGCCGCCUAAACUCCCUAAAAGCCCUCACCUCCUCCACCUGGGGUCAGGACAAAGAAUCGCUAUCCUUACUCUACAAACAAUAUAUCCGCCCAAUACUAGAAUAUUCAUCCCCCGCUUGGUUCCCAUCCCUAUCCCCCUCUAACCUAAAACUACUCCAAACCCAACAAAACAAAGCCCUUCGCAUAAUUACCGGGUGUACUCUAAUGACACCAAUAGACCACUUACACCACGAAACCAAAAUUCUUCCCCUUUCUGAUCAUCUAAAUAUGAUUGGCACCCAAUUCUUUGCUAAGCUAACCAACCCCUACCACCCCGCCAAUCAUCUAACCCUCCCUCCCCCCUGUCCCCGAAAUAUGAAAACAAUUCCCGCCAAUCAUUACCUCCCCCUACUUCGCUCCCACUCUUCCCAGACAUUAGAUCCCAGCUCUUCACUCAAUACCCACUCUUUACACACAAACUUUGUCCACAACACUAUCAACACAUUAGCCCCAAACCCUAUCCUCCACUGCACUCCCCCUGAAAUAAGUCCCACCGAAAAAUGCCUUCCCCGCCGGCAUCGCACAGCCCUCGCGCAACUGCGAUCCGGUUACUCCCCUCUACUCCACAACAACAACAACAAUAGGGACAACACAGAGACCGGCGAUGGAAACAAUAAGACAACAGCUGUCACUACAGACAACCCGUUUGUCUGCACUCACGAGUCGUGUGGCCAACGGUUUAAUACAUCAACGAAUCUAAACAAACACGUGUCGGCCAUUCACACAACACAGAGACCAUAUGUUUGCGAUUACGACGGCUGCGGCAAAUCUUAUAACGUACGCCGAACUCUGGCCAACCAUCGAUCGCUCGUUCACCGGAGGGUUAGACCCGAGACAUACGUUUGCGAUUACAAGGGAUGCGGCAAAGAGUUUAGGCUCCGGUGCAAACUCAGGGAACACGUGAACAUAAAACACUCGAGCCGUACCCACCCGUGCACUGUCGACGGCUGCGGACGACUCUUUCGCAACGAAUGGAAAGUAACGGAACACUUGAAGAUAUCUCACGGCAGCCGUAGCUAUGAGUGCGCUGUCGACGGAUGCGAUAAACGGUUCCGAUCGGUGUCUAUACGCAACGCUCACGUGAAAGUGGUUCACGAGAAGCACAUUUACCGGUGCGGUACAGCCGACGGGUGCGGCCAAGUGUUUGAUACGUGUCACCAGUUGAAAGCGCAUCGCUCUAAAGUGCACCCGAAGCGUGAGUACCGGUGUUCGUGGCCGGGAUGUGAUUACAAGGCCAGGGAUGGCUAUCUGAUAAAGUCUCAUAUGGCUGUUCACAGCACCGAUAGGCCGCACCCGUGCGAAUGGCCCGGUUGUGACUAUAGGGCCAAAACCAAACGAAAUCUGGUUAACCAUCGAUUGAUCCACACUUGCGAUGCGGACCACCCGUGCGAUUGGCCCGGAUGUGAGUUCCGGUCCAAACGUAUGGCCGAUUUAAAUAGCCAUAAACUGACGCACAAUACUGACCGCAAUCACCCGUGCGUUUGGCCCGACUGUGGGAAAUGGUUUAAGAGAGAGACAUAUCUGCGUAAACAUGUGGUCACUCAACACACGGGCCCUGAAAUGACAAUUCUGAAAGAUUUGAAUCACUUAUCACUCGAAGACAUCCAAAGACUGGAAGUAUUGGACAACAAAUUCAAUGUCAUUAUCACUGAAACGGCCGCUCAUUAUCACCAGAAAUCGCAGAUCUCUUCCAAAGGCAAUGAAGUGCCGGAAGAGACCGAAGAUGUGAUAAUAACGGCAGACAUUGACAACACAUCCAAUGAUUUUGAUUUCAUGAGUGAAAGACAGACACAAAUGACACCAAAGAGUCUGCCAUUGAAUGCAUCGACAGAUGUGUUGACACAACACAACACAACCCAAACAAAUGCACACUUCAUAACACUUCCAAUGCUUUUGUGUCCCGUCUCUGGUUGUGGUCUAACAUUCAUUACUCAAGAGUUUCUCGACAUUCAUCUCCGGAAACACACUUCGAGGACAUCACCGCCAAAGACGAAGAACUCAGAGAAGACUAGAUAUAGAAACACAGCGGAAGCCCUGCGGCCACACGUGUGUCCGACAUGUGGGCAAAGGUUUAAACUGUUGAGAUAUAUGACUGAACACAUCCAGUGUUUCCACACUCGGGCCGCAAUUGACCGGCCGUUCAUCUGUCAGUACGACGGGUGCGGCAAACGAUGGCCAACGAAACUGAGGCUUUUGGGACACAUCUCAACGGCGCAUAAAAGACAGAACACAAGCGGCAAAACAGUCCGUAAAAUAGCGGACACCGAGAGCUCCACCACUGAUUCCGACGAUAAUACUUGCGAUGGACUUGAAAUGAGUGAUCGCCGCGCGAAACGAGCGAAGGACUCAUCACAACAUUCAACGCUUGAAAUGAUGUCUGAAACGGAUCCACACGUAUUGAAUACGGAUAGUGACGGUAGCGAUACAGUCACAUCACCGCCGAAGAAGAAGCAGAAGAAUUCAGAGAAGAGUAGAUAUAGAAACACAGCGGAAUACCUGCGGCCACACGUGUGUCCGACAUGUGGGCAAAGGUUUAAGCUGUUGAGGUAUAUGACUGAACACAUCCAGUGUUUCCACACUCGGGCCGCAAUUGACCGGCCAUUCAUCUGUCAGUACGACGGGUGCGGCAAACGAUGGCCAACGAAACUGAGGCUUUUGGGACACAUCUCAACGGCGCAUAAAAAACAGGACACAACCGGCAAAAGAGUCCGUAAUAUAGCGGACACCGAGAGCUCGACCACUCAUUCCGACGAUAAUACUUGCGAUGGACUUGAAAUGAGUGAUAGCCAAGAGUUUCGCGACAUUCAUCUCCAGAAACACACUUCACGGACAUCACCGGCGAAGAAGAAGAAGAAGAACUCAGAGAAGACUAGAUAUCGAAACACAGCUGAAGACCUUGUACUGCGGCCACACGUGUGUCCGACAUGUGGGCGAAGGUUUAAGCUGUUGAGAUAUAUGACUGAACACAUCCAGUGUUUCCACACUCGGGCGGCAGUCGACCUGCCAUUCAUCUGUCAGUACGACGGGUGCGGCAAACGAUGGCCAUCGAAACUGCGGCUUUUGGUACACAUCUCAGGUUUCCAUAAAAAACGGGACACAACCGGCAAAACAGUCCGUAAGAUAGCGGACACCGAGAGCUGCCAAUUCGCGUGCCCUCACGAGUCGUGUGGCAAAGCAUUUCGUUUGGCACGUUAUCUUCGGACACACAUGAAAUGUGUCCACAGAGCCACCGCUGACCAACUUCUUGAGAUCAUGAACAGGUAUCAGAAGGUUGUGGUCAGACGUGAGUUUCGACCGCACAAUAAGUUGGACACCACCGGACCUCUGCAGCUGUUUAUGUGUCCCGAAUCGACCUGUACUAAGCGGUUUCGGCUCCGGCAGUCCCUCAGAGAGCACAUCCAGAAGAUUCAUUCCGCGGACACAGAGUUUGUGUGCGAUCACGUGGGCUGCGGCACCGUAUGGCCAACUGCUCGCCGCUUAUUGAUACACAAAUACUCGCACAAGACAUCGGCCGACAAGAAGCCUGACCUCACGGCUAAGGCCAGCGGUAGUGUUAGUAUUGCAGACAAACUCAUCGAAUCGGUUCAAUCAAAGGACAAACUAUUCAAUUGUUGUGUCCCGGACUGCGACCAACAGUUCCCAUCGUAUCAUCACUUGAGCCAACACAUGGCCGGCGAUCAUAAACUGGAAGUAAAGUCCUUUGUGUGCGAGACCUGUGGCCGACAUUUUAAGGCCAAAAAUCACCUCAAAGAACACGUGUUGACGAUUCACUCGAUGGAGAGGCCGUACGUGUGUCCGCUCGAAGACUGCGGCAAGACUUGGCCGACGGCUACCCGAUUGGCGGGACAUAUGCUAUGGCACCGGCGGGUGAAGGCGGUGGCGGCGCCGCCCGAAUGGGAGCAUAAAACCAGACAAUUUGUCUGCGUUUACCAACCGUGUCAGCAAAAGUUCCCGACCGAAGCGGACUUCGAGGCGCACGUGAACGCCGAGCACUUGCCGUUCGGGUGCCAACACGACGGGUGCGGCAGCCGAUGGCCCACCGCUGUCCGGCUGGCCAUUCACACGACGGUCGCUCACUGUCCGGUGCGUAAGGCGAACCAAGUGGGGCCCUUCACGUGCCACUACUCCCAGUGCGCCGGCAAAGAGUUCAAGACAACGCGCACACUCAGCGAUCACGUGCGGAUGAGUCACGCGGGCGACGCGCGCCCAUACGUAUGCGAUUACGUCGGGUGCGGCAAACGGUGGCCAAUCCGUAGUCUACUCAUGACUCACGUGAAACAGGCGCACGUUAGGGGCGGCUUCCGGUGCCCGCACGUGGGCUGCGACCUCGUGUUCGACACCGACCACACCAUGAAAUACCAUCGCAUCAAAGCGCACAGCUCUGUAGACCACUCGUGCCAUUGGCCCGGCUGUGAGUAUACGAACAAAUCGCGACGUCUGGUCACUCUACACUCGGCGGUUCACCGCACGGAACUGCCCUACGUGUGCGAAUGGCCCGGAUGUGAGUAUAAGGCCAAGUACUUGCGGUCGCUGAAGUCCCAUCGAUACUCGCACAGCACCGACUAUAACAUGCCGUGCGAUUGGCCCGAGUGUGGCAAGAAGUUCAAGACUAAUGCCGAUCUGAAGCAACACAUGCUCAUCCAUAACGGAGCGCUCAUACCGUGCGGUCAUCCCGGGUGUCAGUACAAGACCUCCAAUAAAAGCAACUUAAAGGGUCAUAAGAAACGAUUGCAUGGAUUGGUUGAUUGA